AUGGACUCCACACAGCUUCUCCUUCUGGGCCUGUGUUUCUCCUCCGUCUACAGCCGGUACAUCUGCCACCCGACCAACAGCACAAUCUCCGCAGAGAAGGACAACUGCCCCUUCUGUGUGACCCUGACCACCACCGUGUGCAGUGGCUACUGCCUAACGAAGGAAUCAGUGUACAAGAGCCCACUCCUGUCGGUGUAUCAGCACGUGUGUACUUACAAGGAGCUGCGAUACGAGAGCAUCACGUUACCGGGCUGCCCUGCAGGUGUGGACUCCACCUACACCUACCCAGUGGCAGUCAGCUGUGAAUGCAGCCUUUGCAAAAUGGACUACACUGACUGUACCAGGCAGAGCAUCAUGCCCGACUUCUGUAGUGCCAGGAGGUUGCUGCUGUGA